AUGGCGUCUCUGUGCCUCUCUCUCCACCAAACCCUAAACCCCUCGGCGGCUCCCAGAGCAAGACCACUCACCCUCUCCUUCCCCAGAUCCACCACCAUCUCUCUCCGCCCCUCAACCAAACGCGCCGCCACAGUAACGACUCGCGCCUCCUACACCCCAACACCGGCAAUAGAACGCGUGAUUUCAAUCGCCUCAUACGCGCUUCCUUUCUUCAAUUCGCUCCAAUACGGUCGAUUCCUGUUCGCGCAGUACCCUAGGCUUGGACUCCUCGUCGAGCCGAUCUUCCCAAUCCUGAACCUCUACAGAUCGGUGCCUUACGCGAGCUUCGUGGCCUUCUUCGGGCUGUACCUGGGAGUGGUGAGGAACACGAGCUUCAGCAGAUACGUCAGGUUCAACGCGAUGCAGGCGGUGACGCUCGAUGUGCUUCUGGCGGUUCCGGUGUUGCUGACAAGGAUACUGGAUCCGGGUCAAGGAGGUGGCUUUGGGGUGAAGGCGACGAUGUGGGGCCACACUGGCGUCUUCGUCUUCAGCUUCAUGUGCUUUGUGUAUGGAGUCGUUAGCUGCUUAGUCGGAAAAACUCCUUACAUCCCCUUCGUCGCCGAUGCCGCCGGAAGACAACUGUAA